AUGGCUACAAAUUUAACUAUCAUACUGAAAAGAGUCAGUAAAGUUUACCAUGAAGGAGAAACGAUAGCCGGUGUGGCCGUGGUAGAAAGCAACAGUGAAGUGAGGCACGAGGGGCUAACCCUCACUUUGGAAGGGAUGGUAAAUUUACAACUCAGCAGCAAGAAUGUCGGCAUCUUUGAAGCAUUUUCCAACAGUAUCAAACCAAUAAAUUUAAUAAGCACAAACAUUGAGCUGGCCCCUCCAGGCAAGAUACCACCAGGUGUAACAGAGAUUCCAUUCGAGAUGCCUCUACGUGCCAGACAAGCAGUUUCUCCAGGGUACCCUGGUCUACUGGAGACAUAUCACGGAGUUUUUGUGAACAUUAUGUACAACCUUAAGUGUAGCAUGAAAAGAUCCUUCCUUAAUAAGCCCCUCAACACAAGUUGUCAGGUCUUCGUGCAGUACAAACAUCAAGACCCAGCUCCCUUGAAGCCAGUUCGUUGUGAGAUCAACCCAGCCACGAUACGCGCUUCGAGUGCGGCUGCAUCCCGUGCACCAAUGCCUCAGUUCCAGAUAUACGCGGAAAUCGACUCCACUGUCUGUGCACUCGAUAAGCCGCUCACUGGGAAGAUACGUGUAGACGAAUGUAGUGUUCCCAUAAGAUCAAUAGAGCUUCAACUGGUGCGCGUCGAGACCUGCGGUUGCGCUGAAGGCUAUUCUAAAGAUGCCACAGAGAUCCAGAACAUACAAAUCGGCGAUGGUGACGUGUGUCGCAACCGUGACAUACCUCUCUACAUGGUACUGCCGCGACUCUUCACCUGCCCCACCACCACCACCGUUAAUUUCAAAAUAGAAUUCGAGUUAAACAUCGCUGUAAUAUUCGAGGACGAUUAUUUAGUGACGGAAAACUUUCCAAUAUUACUUAUCCGAAGUUGGUAG